GUGCCACAAAGCUGCAGGUACGCAGGGUAGACCAGGCGGACAGGUAGAUCAGACGCGGACAGGUAGACCAGGCGCGCGUGCACAGGUGAGCGCGAGAGGGGCAAGAGAGGCGAAGCGGAGAGAAGCGAGGGAGGAGGAACGGGCGGAACUGCUCAAUGCAACGUGCGCGCACAGGGGUCGCCGAGUCUCCCAUCUCCUGCAAAACGACCGCUCGACCAUGCCCGCGGCGUCACCGCGUGCGCUGCAACUGCCGUUGUUGCUGCUCCCGUUGCUCCUGCUGACGAUGUCCUCGGCUGAGCAGCAGCAGCAGCAGCCGUGCUAUGAGGGCACCCUGCAGCGGAGACAGCGCACGGCCACCGUUGUGCUCACGGGCACGGUGGAGGACUUCUUCAACGAGAGGCCGACGCAGCGAACCUUUGGCUGCAGGAUCCGCGUAUGGCGCUUCAUCAAGGGCCGCGAGCUGCUGCCGGCCUCCGUGACGGGGGCCGAGCGUCCGCGCGUCAGCGUCGAGGGAUUCGGCGACGGCGCUCCCGUGUGCGACGCACGCGUGUCUCCCGGCGACACGCGCGUCUUCCUGCUAGCGCUGGGGCCCGGCGGGGCCCUCUCGCUGGCGUCCAGCGUCAUCCGCGUCAGCAUAGCCAACCUGGAGGCCCUGGAGAACACCCUGGAUGAGUCGACCCUGGAUGACAAACCGUUCUCAGCGCCCAUGCACGGCUGCCGCGACAUGCUGUGCGGCUUCGGGGCGACGUGCGAGGCCAACGGUCGCAACGCGAGCCGCGGGGUGUGCCGCUGCACGGCGCGCAACUGCGCGGGCCUAGUGGCGCCCGUGUGCGGCUCGGACCACGUCACCUACGGCAGCGAGUGCGAGCUCGAGAACGCCAUGUGCUCCAUGCAGCGGCGCAUCAAGGUCAUGGGUCGCGGGCCUUGCGGUGCCAAGGACCCAUGCGAGGGCGUGCGCUGUGGCUUCGGGAGCGUGUGCGUGGCGUCCGCCGGUCUGCAGCGGGCACGCUGCGUCUGCCCGACGGAGUGCCCCCCCUCCUCCUCCUCCUCGUCGUCGUCCUCGUCCGGCACCGUGUGCGGCAGCGACGGGCGGGACUAUCCGUCCGAGUGCGAGCUCAACCGCCAGGCCUGCGGCGCCGGCAAAGUCAUCUACAAGGUGUUCGACGGGCCCUGCGACGCUUGCAAGGCGACGCGGCGCCUCUCGGAUUCCGGGCGGCUGUGCCGCAUGGAGGCCGGCACGCUGAGGGCGGUGGUGAGCCCGGACCCGGCGCUGUGCCCGCCGGGGCGAGGGCCCGUGUGCGGCGACGAUGGCGCCACCUACCCCAGCGAGUGUGCGGUCGUGCGCACCGCUGCCCUGCGCGGGGUGGCGCUCGCCAAACUCCACGACGGGGCCUGCACGCCCGCCGGUAAAGGGAUCCAGUGCAAGGAGAAGUGCCAGUUCAACGCGGAGUGCUCAGUGAGGAACGGUGUGGCGCGCUGCUCAUGCGAGCGCCUCGUGUGCGAGGGCCGCUGGGCCCCGGUGUGCGCCGGCGAGCAGCGAACCUUCGCCAACGACUGCGAGAGGAAGAAGGCUGAGUGCCUCGAGCGGCAGAAUCUCCCGACCAUCGCCAAGGGGCCUUGCGACGCGUCCACACCGAGUCCUUGCGCGGGCGCCGUGUGCAGCUUCGGCAGCUCGUGCACGGUGCGUGAGGGCACGGCGCUGUGCGAGUGCCCUGCGCCGUGCCCCGAGGUGCCCUACGACCCCGUGUGCGGCACGGACGGGCGCACCUACCCCAGCGCCUGCGCGCUCCACUCGGCCGCCUGCGAGCUGCGCGGCGGUGACGUGAGGGUUGCGAGACGUGGACCCUGCGGCCGGUGUGUGCCGGCAUGCCGGUUGGGCUCCGUGUGCCAGGAGGGCCCGUCGGGACCGCGCUGCACCUGCGCCCGCGCCUGCACGCCCGUGCCGGCGCCCGUGUGCGGCACGGAUGGCAACACGUACGGCAGCGAGUGCGAGCUGCGAGUGCGCGCGUGCGAGCAGCAGGUCGACAUCUCCGUGGCCAGCGCCGGCACUUGCAAGCCCUGCGGCGCCGCGGGCGAGGUGUGCAAGCUGGGCCGGGUGUGCGUGAACGGGGCGUGCGCGUGCCCCGAGUGCGGCCCUCAGGGCUACUCCCCGGUGUGCGGCAGCGACGGCGUCUCCUACGGCAACCCCUGCGAGCUGCGCGCCGUCGCCUGCGCCACCGCCGUCUCCAUCUCCGUCGCCAAAUACGGGCCGUGCGACGACGAGGUGUGCGCCAUGUCGGGCUCGGGCGACGGCUCCGGCGACGACUGCCAGGAGGUGCGGUGCCAGAAGUUCGGUGGGCAGUGGAGCAGCGACGAUGAGGACGGCGUCUGCGUCUGCUCCCUCUUCUGUGGCCUCGUGCCCGACCGGCCGCUGUGCGGCUCCAACGGGCGGACGUACCGCAACGACUGCGAGAGAAAGAAGGCGGCGUGCGAGCUGAUGCGCGACAUUCACGUGGCCAAGAGCGGCCCGUGUGGGACGCAAAGGCCGAGGCCUUGCAAGGAGACGCUGCACGGAUGCUGCCCCGACAACUCCACUGCCGCCCUGGGCAUUGGUUACGGCGGCUGUCCCGGGAUAUGUGGCUGCAACAGGAUUGGCUCCCUGGGCGCGACCUGCGACCCCGGAAGUGGUCAGUGCGUGUGCCGGCCUGGGGUCGGCGGGGUCAAGUGUGACCGCUGCCUCCCCGGUUUCUGGAAUUUCCGGGGGAUGGUGUCGGAGCAGCAUGCCGGAUGCACGCCGUGCGGCUGCAGUGCGGCCGGCUCGGUUGAGGACGCUUGCCAUCAGACCACGGGGCAGUGCUCGUGCCGGGAUGGAGUCUUCGGCGUCAAGUGCGACGUGUGCCCAAAGGGACGGACGCUGGGGCCCUCCGGCUGCUCGCAAGACGCGGCGCCGUGGUCGUGCAGCGGCGUGACGUGCCGCUAUGGCGCCAUCUGCGUCGACGGGGGACGGACGCCAACGUGCCAAUGUCCCACCGACUGCAACCUCUUCCUCACCGCGCGCCAGGUGUGCGGAUCGGACGCGGUGACCUACGCCAACCGGUGUCAGCUGCGCCUGAUCGCGUGCCGGCUCGGCAAGGACGUCUCGGUUGAGCACGACGGGCCGUGUGCCGUGCCGCCCCCUCCGUUCAAGAUCAAGCUGUCCUCGCUGCAGCCCAUCAUGCCGCGUGCGAGACCACCCACGGUGGCAGUCCCUCCGCCCACGGGCCUCCUCGAGAAACUGCCGUGGUUUCCAGCGAAACCCGCGCCGGCGGUGAUGCCGCCGGCGAGACCCCCGCCGGUCCCGCCGCCCGCCGCGGUGAAACCGCCACCCGGGGUGGUGCUGCGAAAGGGGACCGUCGAGGCGACAACGAGGAAAACCACGGCCGCCGUCGGCGUCGCCGUGGCUACACCGACAGCGAAGGCGGCGGUGACGAAGGCAAAACUGACGACGACCACGGAGGACUGGUUUUUUGACCCGUGGCAGGUGGAGGCCGGUUCGGGGGUCAUGGGCAUUCCGCUGCCACUGCCGCCCUUCGCGGGCCUCACUGACGAGGAGCAGAGCGGAGACGGCUCAGACAACGAGGGCAGCGGCGACUUUCACGGCAUGCAGGCAGAAGAGCAGAUAGCCCCUGAGCUUAAGUCCAGCUGUGAGAACACCAAACAUGGCUGCUGCCCGGAUGGAAGGACCCUGGCCGUCUAUGCCAACAAAACCGGCUGCCCACCCACGCGAGUCUUCGCCGGGGUUAUGAUCCUGGACGCUCCGCUCGCCGCCAACAUGCCGGCCUUCACGCAGGAGACGAGCGAGCAGCUUGCUGAGCUGCGCGCCUCCACCGAGACCACCCUGUACAACCUCUUAGCAUCAUCCGAUGUCAAGGACGAUUUCAAGACCAUGCAGGUGAAGCUCAUUGAAGACAGCCACAUCACUUUGGAGAUGCACUUUGACCCUCAAACUCGGUUCUCCCCGCGGGACGUCGAGAGAGCGCUCGUCAAGCAGCUGAUAUCGUCGAGGAGAAGGCCGAUCAACGUGAAGCGGCCAGAGGAAAAAAACAUCAAGAUUGUGGAUUACGGCAGCCACAAGGACGGUUCGAAGAGCGUCACGGCAACUGCCGCCCUGGGGCCCUGCGACCAGAACCCCUGCCUCCAUGGCGGCAGUUGCGUGCCCAACAAGAGCGAGUUCUUCUGCUGCUGCCCGCUGGGGAGAUGGGGGAAGGUGUGCGAGAGCGAGAUCAGCUUCUUCGACCCGUUGUUCAAUGGCAUGUCGUACAUGGUGCUUGGCCUGGGCAGCAUACGUCUGUCCCACAAGACGCACCUCAGGCUGGGCUUCACCGCCUCCCAAGGAAACGGCCUGCUCCUCUACGCAGGAGAAGCGUCCGGGCGAGACUUCAUCUCGCUCGCGCUCGUCGAUCACCACGUCGAGUUCCGGUUCAACGCAGGCUCGGGGUCGGCAGUGCUGACGAGCCGGAAGGAGGUGAUGGCUGACGAGUGGCACCAGGUGUGGGUGGAGCGGACGCAUCGGACCGCGGUGCUCUCGGUGGACAAGGAGCCGCCGGUGAUGGGCACGAGCCCUGGCUCGCUAGACAGCCUCAAUCUCGACUCCGAAUUCUACCUGGGAGGGGCGCCCCGCGACCUCAUGCCCAGGAUCGUCGAUCAGACAACCGCUAUGAAGGGCUUCAUCGGCUGCAUCAACCACCUGAGCCUCAACGACGUCAAGUUCUCGCUGGCGUGGCCACCGGGCCGCUUGGUGGCCAGCGGCCUCGCAAGCCCCGGCGUCCUGCACGGCACCUGCGUCGCGGGGUGCAGCGCCAACCCGUGCCGCCCGAACCCCUGCUACAACUCGGGCAUCUGCGCAUCGCACGAGUCCGAGCCCUUCCAAUGCACCUGCGAACCGGGCUUCACCGGAGCCACGUGCGCUGACCGGCCGCAGCCGUGCAAGUCCAGCCCCUGCAAGGGGGGCUCCAAGUGCCUGGUGCUGCCCGAUGGCGACUACAAGUGCGAGUGCCCGUUCAACCGCGUGGGUGCCAAGUGCGAGACAAAGAUGAUCCUGAGCGGAGCCUCGUUCAUCCCUUCCUUCAACGGCCUCACGUCAUACAUUGAGACAAAGAGCCUGGACCUGCUCGCGCCCAACGCCAAAAACCAGAUCACAGUGGAGGUCGUGUUCCUGAUGCGGAAGCCCGACGGGAUGAUUUUCUACAACGGGCAGAAGCCAGACGGCCGAGGGGAUUUCAUCUCCUUGGCGAUAACCAAGGGGUCUUUGGAGUUCCGCUAUGACCUGGGCAAGGGUGCUGCAAUCAUAAGGUCCACGACGCCCCUGAUGCUGAGCGUCUGGCACACGGUGACGGUGUCGCGGACCGGGCGGAAAGGCUUCAUGAAGAUCAACAGUGGCUCCAAGGUCCUGGGGGAGGCUCCCGGGAACCACCUGAGCCUGGACCUGCGGGAGGCGCUGUUCCUGGGCGGCGUCCCGGACUACACCCGCACCGCACGAGCCGCCGCCGUCACCUCCGGCCUGGACGGGGCCAUCCAGAAGUUCUCGGUGAGUGGUUUUAACGUGCUGCUGGACGUGGUGAGCUCGCGCUUCUUGCGGGACGUCACCACGUUCAGGGAACACCCGUGUACCUCCGGCAAUAAAUAUUGCCGGAACGGCGGGACGUGUGUGCCCAACCUCUCCGGCUACGAGUGCAGCUGCCCCCGCGGCUUCUCCGGCAAGACAUGCCAGACAGCACCCACUGAUCGCGCUGCAGUAGCUUUGGACGAGCCCGUGGCCUUCAAUGGGAAAACCUUCAUCGAAUAUCAAAGCAACAACGCCAAAAGCCACGUGAUGAACGAGGUCCCCGAUGACAAGGCCCAGAAAACGAACUACUUCGAGAUGAGCGUGCGUACGGACGCGACGCAAGGCCUCAUCCUGUGGGCGGGGAAGGGGACGGAGCGUGCCGACUACCUGGCCAUCGCCAUCGUGAAUGGCUACAUCCAGAUGACCUACGACCUGGGCUCGCGACCCGUGACCCUCACCUCCACCGUCAUGGUGAACACCAGCAAAUGGGUGCGGAUCAAGGCUGUCAGGAACCAGCGUGAAGGUUCCCUGCAGGUGGGCAACGAGGCGGCGGUGAUGGCCACGUCACCGUUCAAAGCCACGCUGCUCGACACGGACGGCACCCUUUGGCUGGGCGGCAUGGGGAAGCCUCCCUACAACCUGCGUCUGCCCAAGGCCUACAGCACAGGCUUCGUGGGCUGCAUCCGCGACAUGGUGGUCGACCUCAAGGAGCUGCGCAUUGAGGAGGACGCCGUCAACAAGCCCAAGAUCUCGCACUGCACGGGGAAGUGAGCAACCGCCGGCCACGGACUGCCACCUCCGCCGCUACCACCGCCAUUGCCACCGCGGUCACCAGGGCGCCACGUCGUUCCUCGCCGCCUCGACCUCGCGAAGCUUUGUGCCCCGCCGUCCCUUCCGAUGCGACUCUCGCUCGAACCGAUGCCGAGCUUGACGCGACGGUUUCAUCGGUUGACGGGCAAGGGAGAGGACGGGGGAGGCGGCACGGCCGUGAAAGAGCUUGCUUUUGUCGUGCGUUGUUUGAAAGCGUCGUCACGUCGCGUCAGAGCGGCCACCAAGGCGAUUUGCGCAGCCCUUGCGGUUGUUGUGGCCGUUUGCAAGGUGGCUUUUUGGGGUUCGCCAACACGUGAGCCGUGGUUUUUGCGACGCGCCGUGACCUCUGCUAUUGGUUAAUGUUUUAUUCGUGCGGAAAUAGGAGGGAGGAUAUAAAAGAUGUAUAUGCAGCUUUAAGGGAGCCUCUUGGCUUCAAGGCUUGCGGCAAAGUUAUGCUUGAACCGAAACAAGUGAAUAUAUGGUAUUUUAUGAAAUGCGUCUGCAAGGUUUGGUCAUGUUCAGACAGGUUAUUAUAUUAAUACAUAAAAAAUAAUGACUCAUAAUUACAGUAUUGUGUAAUCGGCAAAUGAUAUAAGUGUUAUCAAAGUUUUAAUGUUUAACAUCGUAGUCAACAUUUUUUUUUAUCAUUAUUGUGAUUUUAAAAAUUCUACUGCGUAAAGUCAUCGAUCUUUUCCAAAGGCUAUCGUACCAUUUUGUGACGUUUAGAAAUGUAAUUUGGCACUUUAAAGAGAAAACAUUCGUUUAAAAUAACUGUCAACUUUGUCAUUGACGCUGUAUGUCAAUUUUAACUUGUGCAGGUCGCCUCGGAAUGUUGUGCUUUAUUUGCACUCUUGAAAUACGAAAUGUCUUCAAAUUAGUUUUUCAUUGUGGAAUAAUGUGGUGACUUAAUUUUAUUGUUUUUUUUACACAUUAUCCAUCGUCAACCUCUUACUUAUAAUGCUCAAAAGUGUUCCUGAGAUGCGGUCGCAUUUUGACGCCAGGCCAAUCCAAAAUUUUAUUGUAAAUUGUAUUGUACAGUAUCAGUGAUGGUGGCGCUAUUUCCAUUGUGCAGCUUCACUUUGGAGGUCUAUCGUUCACAUUUGAGAGGAGAAUCGGUGCUGCUCAUAUCGACUAAAGAUCUCAUUGUGCGAGGUCCUUUACCUCAACUAAAGUAUAAACUAAAACUUUUUUUUAUUUGAUCAGGUAAGGCCCACUGAGCUAUAUAGCUGUUUUUCAGCAGCGACCUGGCUACGUGGAAAAUUAUAUCAGCCAAAUACUCGAAACGCAUGUAUCUUGAAUGUGGAGGGAAAUACCGGAGAAGGCGGAGAAAAAUCCACAUGACCACGGGGAGAACAUGCAAACUCCAACUAUACAGGCAUCAUGGUCGGUAUCGAAGCUACAAUCUCCUGUAUACCAGGCAAGGUAGUUAACAUCUCGCCACCGCAGUGCCCCUUGAUCAAUCCAAUACCAGCUAAACCAUCACCGCUUGAGUUAUCCACAUUCUCUGUUCUCCAAGUAUAGUGCUCUGUUUUCCUCGGCCAAAUAGGCCGCUUCCGUGUGUCUUCGAUGUAUGUUUGGCCACUUACAUUUGCCAAGACUUGCUGGACCUCUGUUCAUGAUCCUAUGUGGCCGCAGGUGGAAAUGCAUCAAAUCUAAAUUGCAGUAAGAUGUUCUUUGUGACUUGGAAUCCAGGAGGGGGUUUGAUACUAGUGCUUUGAGAAAGACAUUUAAGAGAGACGUGACCUGACGAAUUUGCGGGGUUACAUUAAACGCUACCAAAAAUGGGGAGAUUUGUGGAAACUGAUCAAUGCUGGGAAAAAAAGAACUGGACCAAACUCACUGUGCUUUUUCUGUUCCAUGCGCUUUUGUUACCCAUAAACCACUCGGCGGGUGUGUUUGUCACCUAAACAUUCACUGCCUUUGUUGGGGAAACAAACCUUCAUGGAUACCAAACUUGCAUGUAAUGAAAAGUCACAAAUAAUACAUCCUCUAUUAUAAACCGUGAAAUCAAAAAGAGAAAGUAUUCCAAAAUAUUUAAGUAUUGUUUCGUGUAAUCGCCUGAAAAAAAGGUCAUGUGACGUUUCUUAAGGCGUCUUAAAUAACGGGAACGAACGAGAUUGUAAAUGUUGUGGAUUUGCUCUCCACGCCAGUGUGCUGCACGAGUAACGAAUUGGCAUGUUGUGUUUACGUGACAAAUCUUACUAAUUGGUGGUGGCGGGUUUAACGACACAUUUUACAUGAUCUAACCCAAAAAAACGAUAUUAUGGAUGAUAUUGGUCGCUCAAAGUCUUUCGGUAAAGUAAUGUAGAUAAGUUCGUUGUUUUUUGUUAUUUUCUUUGAACCUAUCUACGUGACUUUACCAAAAGACCCAAAUAAUAUUAAUUCCUGCAGUCACGAAAGCUUUAAGGCAAGAUUUAGCUUGUACAAGUGAAAAUUCAAAGAACGCUCGGCAUACAAAUGUGGAAACACCGCCUAAGACCGUCGACCACACGUUAAACCAACGUGACAUUCAGCGGAGGCAUGCAAGCAAUCUUAAGCCAUUUCCGAACUAAUCUGGGCAGUGGAGCAAGCGGGUUCCUGACAGCAUAGUUUAAGUGUCUCCGUGUGUAGCGUUUUACCCAUGAACACGAAUUUCCUCCCAAGUGCAAAAAAAACUACUUCAAAUGGACGUGGCAAUAAUAUUUCCAGACAAUAAUCUUUGAGGCUCAUUCAUGUGUAAGAUAAAAACAAAAACGUUCGAUUAUAGUAGGCAUCAACAUCGUGCUGGCAGAUUGUUUCAUCUCACCCAUACUUUAUUCAGACACAAACAUGUGUUACGCAACAUUUAUCUUAUUCCCUCCUUGCCCUGCUCAACUUUGAUCAAACUCCCUCCCAUCAUCUCAUUUCCGAAUGUUGUAUAGCCUUGCUCGUUGCAACAAACUUGCUUCAUUUUUAUCUGCAUGAUUAUCCUUCUUAGUUUUAGUUGCCUUGUCUGUUGCCGUGUUGUUAGGCCUCUGGGUCUGUGCUCAGCCAACUGCAAAGGAGAGCAAAUCAAAAUAACGAGCAGUGUCCGACGUGAGUUGCAACUCGAAAAGAGUGAAUCGUUGUUUCUCGUGAAAAGCGAACAAUGAAAAUGAAUUAUUUCCAUCUUAUAUUGAAUGUGGUUUAAUUUUGAUUGAGUAUAAAUGCCAUUUUUCAUGCUUGCAUUACAGUAUAUUUAUUUUUUUAACGUUUUUUUAUAUGAUUUGUUUUUAUUAUUGAUGCUUUAAAUCAACUUUAAAGGGACCAGACAACUCACCUUUGGGGGGCUUUGGCCAGCCUCAAGGAUGACCUUCAAAGGUCACAGGUCAAUAAUUUAGACGCUGGUGUGCGGGUAUAACAAGAUACUUUUUUUAAAAGAAAUACAUCGAUGUAUUAAUUUAUGUACGCAGAUAUAAAUAUCACAUUAACGUCAUAGGUCAACGCCCGCACUGUAUCUGUGGUGUGAAAGGUUUGCGUUUGGCACCAUGGAUUGGUAGAGUGCCCUGUCUCAUGAGUAACGCCGUGGUACAGAAUGGUUCGCGGUUUGAAUACGGAGAAGUUGCUUCCUGUGAUGGGCAAAGUGGCAUGGACUGUUCGGACUGUUGAGACCUUGUUUUAAAACAACAACAACAACAAAAUAAUUAAACUAAUGCGACUCGUUGCAAGC